CCUUGUUUCUGAUGUACAGACAUUAUUCCCCUUUCCCCUCACCCAAUCUCAGCAAUAUAUCUUACAGUAGAAAUGCGUGUGCACCACAGUGACCUUGUUUCUGACACAAAGGCUGAGAAAAAUGUGUCUCCCUUUUCCAAUACCCAAAUUCUCGACUCUUGGUAAGGCGUUGUCGUUAUUAAUGUUGUCCUCCCCCAACAAAAUAAAAAGUCACUGCUGUCACAAGCCUUGUACUCAUCCCAGGACUUUAAUUCACAAUAUACACACACUGAACAUCCUUUUAACACAUUUAUACACUGUAUGUAUACUGUAAUGGUUUAUAAUCCCGUUAUCCAGUAUCACCCAGAAGAGGAUGGGGUCCUCUCUUGUAAUCUCAGGGAUAUUCUUCUUCGCCUCUGGUUUGCUCAUUAAGGAUCAAAACCUACAUCCGGAUUUCUUUUAAGCUGCGUUGUGACAAGGUCUACUGUUAAAAGAGCUAUGCAAAUAAAUUUGGAUUGAAUUGAACUGAAUAUCCAGAUUAACACCAUGGUUUUUACUGUUAUGAUGAUUCAAGUCUCACUUGCCCUUUAUGCAGGCCGCAAUUCCCAAGCUCCACUGUCUGGCUAACAUCACCCUGCUGGGCAUCCUCCAUGCCACCACCAGGACCACCCAGCUAAUGGGCUAUGACAUCCCUGAGGUGUUUGACGGUCUCAUCUAAUUAACGAGCAGGCCUGACGUUUCUGUUUAUCGCCCCAUGCCGGUUUCUGUUUAGCCUGGCUUUUGUUAGGGGACUAAAUCAGUUCCUAAUAGCGCACAAAGAAUCCAGAGAAACAGGAUGCUUUGGACAAAAGUCCUUCAUUAGCUGUGCAGUGCUUCUGAGGCGGUAGGAGGUGCACUUUUUUUUUUUUUUUGCACUGAUGUUUGUGCUUCCAGGGAAAAUAAGAUGAAUUUAUAGAGCCCAAGUACUUCAUGGCAUUCUCUGCAGGUAAGCCUUGAUUCCUUUACCUGCAACACGACCAAUGUCAGUAAUGGGGCUAUAGGUCUGAGUACCGAAUAUGAAAAUACGAAAGGGGAUUAGAAUUUUAUCAACCAAAAGGCACCAAGCUAUAAUUAACACAUUUUUCUAAUCCAGGUUCCAGCAGGACUGAUUACUUCUUCCCUCUUUUGCACUGGUUACUCAGCAGAUUCAGAUAAAAAAAAAAACAACAAAUAGCACAACAACUCUGCAAUGCAGAGGCCCCAGCAGAGAGAUUGAAGACCUGUGCUCUAAAAUAAAUGAAAAUUAGAGGCAGGGUGCUGGUGGCAGCUUGUGUUUGGGUGAUACCUCAGGUUAUACGGUGCUCUUCUUCAUUCUGGUCACACUCCUCCAGCAUUUCAGAUUGUGUGACCCAAACACUGCAAUGCCCCUGAACUCGGAGGGUUACAGCCCCCGAGCCCUACACAAAAUGUUAAAGCAAGCAGAAAACAGGGACGUUUCUGAGAAGCUGAAUUUUGAAAAUUAGUUUGAGAACUUCUGAAUACUUUGCGUCGUCUUAUUUAUAUUCUAUAACUUUUUGUUUGUUUCUGACAAUACAACCUUCACAAAAUCAUUACUUACACUAAAACCCUUAGCUCCACACAGGGUUUUACUGAAUACACAGUAUUUCUUAGACAUCUCCAGGCUUAAUUAUGCCAGACUUUACUAUUCUAUUGAAUAAUUGCCACAAGGUGGCAAUAAAGCCAUGAUGCAUUAUCAGGGCCUUUGACUCCAGUUUUAAGUGAGGCUACUUAAUAGUGUGUGGGAAAAAAUUCUGCGGUAUUUAUAGCUACAUCUGGUAAUUCCCUGCAAAUACACCUGACUCAGCACAUUAGCUCAUUAGCAAGCCGUGGAUCGAAAGUGCUGGGAUAAUUAUCGGAACUGUGCUGACAUCUUUGUACCUGGGUGAAGAUGCAGGGAAAUGUUCAUGGCAGCAAAUCCACAGGACUGGAGCUAAAAUGUCAAGUUGAUACAGGUAUAUAGAGAAAAGAAGCGUGAUGUCAGGUAAAAUUGGGUCAAUUUUUGGCAUGUUAUCUAGAAUACAGACUGAUUUUCUAUUAAGCUAUUUCUGUCUCAUUCUGCAUUGAAAAGUAUGUAAUACAGCUGUGUUUCUGUUUUUCCCAGAUUGGUCUGAGUCUUCUUUUUUUUUUUAAUUAAAUUUUAUAGAUUUUUAUAUUCAAGUAAGUAUACACAUUUGCAUAUUCUUACAUUCAAAGGAAGAAGACCUUUAAUGCAAGUAACCAAAUGGUCCAAAGGUAUAUGUGUAGAGAAUAAUGCUAUUUCUGAAUAUGAUAUAAAUGUCAACUUUUAUUUCACUAGCCUCUAAUGAUUUUGGCUGUUUUUGUGACUCUCUGGCUGUUUUUUUUUUUUCCUUUCCACUCUUUUCUAAUGUCUUUGUGUCUCUGUUUCUUUCACUGCUGAAUGAUGGUUGUUGUGCGUAAUUGUAUCCAUAAACACUUUAUCUUAUUUAUUUUAUAUCCUUCUCCAGCUUUGUCUGCUCUCUGCUUUCCUGAUCUUGUUGUGUAUCGACUCGGCUACUCAAAGCAAAACUGCUUUAGAGGUUGAUCCUGACUGAACUUUUCCUGCCUUAAUAAAGUCAACAUUUGUUGACUCUCUUAAGUCCUUAAUGAAACACACUUCAGUAGGAAUAUGAACGUUUGAGCUUGCUAAUAAAGAACAUUGGUGACUUUGACUUCAUUUCUGUAAUAAGGAGGCCGUGCUGAAUGGGUUUGCAACCAUUUCACAAUUAAGUGAACAUAGCAUUCUGUUAUGUAGUAAAAUAGAGAUACAUAUAUGGCCAAAAGUUUGUGGACACCUAACUAUCACACCCAUAUGUGCUUUUUGAACAUCCCAUUCCAGAUGUGGUCCUCCCUUUGCUCUUAUAAUAAUCUCCAUUCUUCUGGGAAGGCUUGCCACUAGAUUUUAGAUUGUGGCUGUGGGGAUUUGUGCUUAUUUAGCUACAAGAGCAUUAGUGAAGUCGGGCAAUAAUGUUGGGCGAGAAGGCCUGCAGGCCACUCGAGAUCUUCCACAUGCAAACCAUGUCUCUAUGGACUUUGCUUUGUGCACAGGAGCAUUGUCAUGCUGGAACAGGUUUGGGACUCUUAGUUCCAGUGAAGGGAAACUGUAAUGCUCCAGCAUACAAAGACAUUCUGUACAAUUCUGUGCUUCCAACUUUGUGGCAACAGUUUGGUGAAGACUCACAUGGAUCUGAUGAUAUGGUGUCCACAAACUUUUGGCAAUGUAAUGUGUGUUUAGAGGGCAGCAGUGGCUCAGUGGUUAUGGCUUUGGGCUACUGAUAGGAAGGCUGAAAGUUUGAAUCCCAAUGUGAAAUCCACACUGCCACUAUUGAGUCCAUAAUGAAAAUGUUAUCCUCUCAGUUGCUAAGUUGUAACUAAGUUGCUUAGUGGUGGAUAGUGUUGAAAAUAAAUGUAGCCUAUGUUUUUUCAUUUUUCACCCCAAAUCUAAGAGGAAUUUAAGGAAAAACAUUGAUCUGUUUCAUAAAAGAAUGGUGGCUGAGUGCUUAAAGCUUUGAGCUCCUGAAUAAAAGGCUGUGAGGUUAAAUGCUAGCAUUGUCAAGCUGCCAUACUUGGGUCUUUGAGCAAGACCUGUAGCCCCUCAAGUGCUUGCUUGUAUCCUAUCUCAAACAUAAGUCAGCCAAAUGAAUAAAAUGUAACUAAGAUGUGGCGGCAGGGGGUGAAGUGUAAAUGGUCUCAUCUAUAUUUUUGCGUAAAUAGGCCCAUGUUAAUACCUAUUGGAUUCGUCAGUGAUUUUUGCAUCAUAGCAGUGGAAAAAAAGCAAUUACCUUAGAAAUCUUCUAACAAUAGCAAUUAAGAGCACUAUUAUUCACUGUAAAUCAUCUAUCAGGGAGAAAAAGCCUUUGUGCGCGGUAGGUAGGAGCUUUUGUGCUCAGCAACUCUGUGAUUUAAUGCAGGCGGCUGAGGAGGGGGUGGAGGUUUCUCUCUCUCUCUCUCUCUCUCUCUCUCUCUCUCUCUCUCUUUCUCUGUGAGCAGCAGUACAUUGAGGAGACAGUGUGUGCAGGAGACACAGAUAGGCGUUUAGCUCCUGCUGAAACAGGCAGAGUGAUCCCGCUCCUCUCCUCUCCUUUCCUCUCCUCUCCUGCGUCGGAACGCAGCACAGAUCAUCAGUCGUAAGGACAGGCUGACAGCUAUACACUGGCCAGAUGGAAUUCACUGGAGCUGAGGAGCUGACGGAUGAGGAGAAGGAAAUCAUCAACAGUGUGCUGGCCCGGGCCGAGCUAAUUGAGGCCAUGGAGCAGGAGCGGAUUGGACGUUUGGUCAAUCGGCUGGACACGAUAAAGAGGACGGCGUGCGGUGACGGCCACUCGCAAUGCCUGCUCUGCGGCCAGCAGUUCGGCUUGAUGGGAGUCAGCAUGGUCAUGUGUGAUGAGUGCAAGAAGCACAUAUGCACCAAGUGUGGCAUUCGGAGUAACAGUCGUUCCUGCCCUGUAUGGCUGUGCAAGAUAUGCAGUGAACACAAAGAGAUGUUGAAGCAGUCUGGUGCCUGGUUCUUCAAGGGGUUGCCACAGCAGAUCUUGCCUGCACCUUUACCCAUUUCGAAGCCGAAACAGUUCAGCACUGCAGGAGACCUACAUGCUCCAACUGAACCAUCAUCCCAACAGGGCACAACUGCUCAUUCAUAUGUCAACACACAGAAUGGAGCAGAAAUGAAGCCUCCUGAGCAAGAAGUGCUGCCUGUCAGUGCUCAGAUCAGUCAAACUCAAACUCAAUCGGGUGCAGAGAGACAGUCUAAUCUGACAGCAUGGAAAAAAGUAGAAUCUGUCAAGAGCGCCAGUCCUGUGCAGCCGUCUUAUCCGAGCUCACUAAUGCAGAAAGGAGUCCUUCAGAUGGAGAGUAGGACAAUACCUACUAUGCAGCCUCCAAACAGCACCCACACUCCUGCCACAGGCGAGGAGGUAGAGGACUACGACUCUGAUGAUGCCACCACACUGGGGAUGCUGGAGUUUAGCUUGCUCUAUGAGGAGGAAAACAACACUCUGCACUGCAAUAUCAUCAGAGCUAAGGGCCUCAAGCCAAUGGACUCCAAUGGCCUUGCUGAUCCAUAUGUCAAACUGCAUUUGCUUCCAGGUGCUAGCAAGUCUAACAAGCUACGCACAAAGACUCUGCGCAACACGUUGAACCCAGUUUGGAAUGAGACGCUGGUCUACCACGGCAUCACCAAUGAGGACAUGCAGAGAAAAACCCUCAGACUCUCUGUGAGCGAUGAAGACAAGUUUGGACAUAACGAGUUCAUUGGGGAAACCCGUGUGGUCCUGAAGAAGCUCAAAGUGAACCAGAAGAAGAACUUCAGUGUGUGUUUGGAGAGAGUUAUUCCGGUGAAGCGAACAGCUGCUGGAGGUGCAAUACGUGGUAUGGCAUUGUAUGAGGAGGAGAUAAACGAGGGUGAUGAUGCAGAGGAGAGAGGACGUAUUCUGGUGUCUCUCACCUACAACAGCCAGCAGAGUCAACUCAUUGUGGGUAUCGUCCGCUGUGCUCAUCUGGCUCCCAUGGAUGCCAAUGGCUACUCUGACCCUUAUGUCAAGAUUUCUCUGAAACCUGACAUGGGGAAGAAAGCGAAGAAUAAAACGCAGAUCAAGAAGAAGACCCUCAACCCUGAAUUUAAUGAGGAAUUCAGCUAUGAGAUCAAACACAGUGAACUAGCAAAGAAGACUUUGGAUAUCUCCGUCUGGGAUUAUGACAUGGGAAAAUCCAAUGAUUUCAUAGGAGGCUGCCAGCUUGGUAUCACAGCCAAAGGAGAAUGCCUGAAGCACUGGUACGAGUGCCUGAAGAACAAAGAUAAGAAGAUCGAACGCUGGCAUGUGCUGUUCAAUCAAAACAACAUCGAGGCUGAUGACUGAAAUACGCUGAUCUCCAUAUCCUAAUAGAUCUUACUUUGUGACUCCGUACGAUCCUGUCUUCCACCAUUCAUUUUCAUCCCUCUUAAAACUGCUCCUACUGUGCUAAUUAGCCUGACUUCAUGUACGAUAGUGCACUUCUUGCUUCAUGCUCUUACAACGAGCUAUUAUGUAAUUAGUGGUUUAGAUAAUCUUUAACUGUCUAACUGUAUUGAAUCUAAUCCACUAUUGCAAAGGAUGAUAAGAAAAACCGUGUUACAUUAGGUACUGAGAAAGUAAAUGUGACUUUAAAUGUGACGUAAUUACAGUAUUUUAAUUAUGAGCAUCUUCCCCUAAAUAAUUUUGACUUUAAUGACAAAUGACUGCUGUAAUAAAAUAGAUAAAAAUUCUGCACAGUAAGUGGUAUAACGUAUCAAGCUACAUCUUAUAUACAGGUUGUUGUAUAUUGAUAUUCCCAUAUAUUUUUCAAAAAUGUUCAGAUCCAAAAUUGUAUUUUACACUAUAGAAAAACAAUGAUGAAACUGAGUAAUAAUUGUUGACGUACCUGAGGGUGAUAUAUAUACUAUAUAUGCACUCACCAUCCACUUUAUUAGGAACACCUGCACAUUCAUGUAGUUAUCUAAUCAGCUAAUCAUGUGGCAGCAGCACAAUGCAAAGUAAUG